AGAAAGUAGAAGCAGUGUUCAUAGAAUUCCGUCCGUGCUGCUCCUUGUUCUGGAUUUCAGAAUCCAAGAUGGAGGCGAUUAGUAAAGCUGGACAUCAUAUGAGUCUAGCAGCUUUGCAACAGCAUGAUCCGUACAUUAACAGAAUCGUCGAUGUUACCGGACAGGUAGCACUAUACACCUUUAACUCGAAAGCAAACGAAUGGGAAAAGACCGACAUUGAGGGUACCUUAUUCGUGUACACCAGGUCUGCUUCUCCCUAUCAUGGAUUCACUAUUAUGAAUCGAUUGAAUAUGAAGAACCUUGUGGAGCCCAUCAACAAGGAUCUUGAGUUCCAACUGCAGGACCCAUUUCUACUCUACAGAAACUCCAACUUGGCCAUCUACAGCAUCUGGUUCUACGACAAGAGCGACUGCCAGCGGAUCGCCCAGCUCAUGGCCAGGGUGGUGAAGCAGGAGGCGCUGCAGGCCCAGCAGGCACCCCCGGACAGGAGCACCCCCAGCAGGACCAACGGCUGCGUGGACGAGAGGCCCAUCGACAUCCUGGAGCUGCUGAGCAAGGCCAAAGAGGAAUACCAGAGAGUGAGGCCCGGCUCUACCCAGCAGCCCUCUGCACACCUGCCCCACAGCACGGCUCCCUUUACAAGCCAGACUGGUGAACCUGAAGCUUCCACAAACGCAGAGCCCAGCCACAAUCCAGAGCCCCCGCAGGCUGCUGGGGACGCCACAGCAGAGCGAGGGGGGGGCCUGCCUCAGCACGACAAGAGCUCUCACUCUGGCCUGAAGCAGAUCACGGUGGAGGAGCUGUUCGGCAGCUCUGUGCCGAAGGAGCCAGCGGCGGUGGGGCUGCCGGGCCAGAGCGGCUCGGAGAAGGGCCCGGCGGAGGGCUUCCUGCUCGGACACAGCGCCGCCCCGCCCUUCCCCUUCGAACCCUCGCUGCUGCCCCGCCUCAACACCGACCCCGGGGGGGACCGCUCGGCCGACCGGCACCUGGCCCCCGCGCUGGUCCCCCUGCCGGACGUGAAGGGCGUCCCCGGCUAUGCCCUGCACCCCAGCCCGGUGUUCCACGCCCCACCCGCCUCCCCCCUCCUGGCGGGCCAGUCUGGGGCCGAAUCCCAGGCCCCGCCUGCCCAGGCCCCACGCUGCCCCCCCAACGGGCCCUCCUACGGAGCCCAGAACCUUCUGAGCCAGCUCCAGCCCGACCCGCUGCCGCCGCCCGCCGCCCUCGCCAAGCCCGCCCUCGCGCCCAACUUCCUGCCUGCUCAGCUGGCCACGCCCGAGUCCUUCAAAGAGCCCAUUAAACCUGCGGCCUAUAGCGCCCUCCCUCCAGCGCCCAUUCAGAUGGUGCCGUUGAAGGCGGGGCCUGCAGUGUCACGGGCGGAGCCUUCGGUACUGCUCUCACCCAGUGUGUUCCAGCAUUCCGUUACCAAGACGCCCGAGCUGGAUAGGAAGCCUGCCCCUCCCUCUCCCUCCUCCCUGGCAGGAACAGAGCCACCCUCCCCUUUCAACAGGCUCCAGCUCCAGGACACACUCAUCCACCUCAUCAAGAAUGAUUCCAGCUUCCUCAAUGCCAUUCACGAAGCCUAUCUACAGAGCCUUUCCAAGGACCUGAACAACAUGAAGCUAUAGCCAUCAGGACAGAACGAGCCACGUCUCACACGCACACAAACACAUUCGUGCUUAUUCUCAGUACCGAAGCACUCAGAGUGCACCCUCCAGGUAAAGGAACCCAUAUAUGAGACCAUACAAGCAGCAGGUACACACACACAGCACCUUGUGUUUCACGCCGGCCCUGCCUGGUGAACACCGCGGUUUGAGGUACACCACCUCUCCUCACCCUCCAGGUUUCUCUUUUCCGGAUUUUUCUGUGAAGGAUCAAACGAGCACACACUACACGCGACUGUGAACACGAGCUUCUCUUUAUGUGUGCUGUCGUCAUUAGCUUUGCGCAACUCGUACCGUGAGAGCGAUUCAUUUUAGAGGAUUCUUUCCAGAAAAAAGCUCUGUCUGAGGAGGACUCGAGUGCAUUUUAUUUGAGAGUGUAGUCAGGCGAAUGUCAGGUGAUAGCUCAAGCUCAGGUGGGAGUCGUGCAGUAUAGAGAUACUGCAGUAUAGAGUAGUAUUGGCUGCUUCCCUUACCUCAAUGAAAGAAUUGUGAGUUGUCGGCAUACAGUAUCAAAGUUUUGCAUUUCACUCAGAUCUCCACAUCACACUGCUCUGAGGUGAAGGUGCAUUGACAUUUUUAAGCUUUGCUGACGUGACCAAUUGUUUCCCUUUACUUUGUAUUUGCUCAUAUUACAACCUUUGCUCAGUAUUCAUUUAUUAUAUAUUCUGCCAGACAUUGUUGGUUUACUGUUUUUUGUUUGGGUCCAUCUUUGAACCCCCUGUGUAAGGUCCAUUAACAAAACUGCUCCUUUACCAGUCUGCCUGGUAAGAACAGUGCGGUUUUAGUGGAAAUGACUGGCUGUUUUCAGAAUAAUAGAUUACUCAGUGUUUGAUUAUUAAUCCUGCUACUAAGUGCUACCAUUUAACAACCAUGGUUACAAUUAUACAUGCUUUCUCAACUAUUUAGGUCACUUUAGUUGUCAGAGGAAAAUAAAGUUUUUGUUUUGUUUUUUAAGGAAUGAAACCAUUGAAUUCUCUGGAGAUAUUUCUAUGUAUAUACUGGUCAGUAAAGAAAAGCAAAUAAUUCUGAGCUGUGAAUCUCAUGUGAAUCCAUUGUCAUAAUGGGAUCAACUUUAAAGAAAAAAAGAAAAAUGUGGGUUAUGAAUUUUUUUCUUCAUUCUUUUUCUCACACUGCGUUUAUUAGCUUUGUGUUUGCAGCUUUCAUGGCCUUUGUGCAGCCUUCUCCAAAUACCACAAGUCCUGUAAAUGAUUGAAUAAGUAUGUGAAUGUCACUCUUCUGCAGCAGCUGUUUGUAGAAAUUAUAUAUCCCAUGUAUUUCACUGUGGUAGUCGUGUCCCUUUUAGCAUUUAGCCAUUAUGUCACCCCCUGGCAUUGUGAAAAGUAGCGUGUUGUUCCCUCUGCUCCCAAAGUGCUUAUGUAUCUGACAUUUAGCAUCAUGUCUCAGUGCUUUAGAUUGUAUGUUCUUUAAAGCCAGCAUGAGUUUUCAAUUAUUGGUGAAUGUUUUAUCUGACAUUGCAAGUAAAUGAGACCCAUGCUACAAUUAGUCAACAUUGUUAAACUAAGCCCUCUGGUGAGAUGCUUUCUGUUUUUGUUUUAACUGCAGCCUUAAUAAUUCGGAAGUAAUGGUCUCAUUUUUUUGACUGCCUUGAGUAUAUUUUCCCCAUAAGAAGGGCUUCAAUUGUGUGGAAUGCGGGCAAUUAAGUUGCUUAAAUUUACUGUUGAGACAAACCAGUUGUUUAGGGCACCCUGUUUUUUCUCUUUUUUCUUUUAACUGCUCCAAAUCAGUGACUUUACAGGGUAACAAAUGACUGCAUCCUGAGUUCUUCGUGCACACCCCAUCACAGAAUUAUCUUUUAAUUAAAGCAUAUGCACACAUUAGUUUUUUUUUUCUAGUUAUUUCUUUUGACAUUAUUAAAGAAAAGCAACAUUUUCAGUGCGGUGCCACCUCAGAGCACUGUCAUUAAGAUUAGAUUAUUUUAAAUUAACAUGUCCCCAUUUUAAGGUUUUAUGAUGUCUAAAAACAACAGCAUGGUGUGUAUGGUGCCUUUGUUGUGGUAGUUGAGAAUCUUGAACGUGUCCAGAUGUCUGUCUUGUGACAUCACAGGAAACAGAUUCAUCUCUCAUUGUAGGGGGACGCUGUAUGAGCGUUUAAUUUGGGGUUUGGUUGCGCAGUUGAAUGUUUAGCUUGGUUUGACAUGGAAUACAGAUGUCUGCUGCUUGUCCUUUGUGAGAGAAAUGUGUUGUUGCAAAGGUGUUUAUGCCAGAAGAAAUUUAUUUUAUUUUUUCAUUUGGCUUUAUUUAUUUGUGUCUCUUAAAGACAUUAUUAAAACAAAUGCCAUUGGGAUGAAUUGCAGUAUUAAAAUUAACCCCACCCCCCCCCCAUCCUUUUAAAACCUUCUUUCACACUGGAUUUAUGGCAGAUUAACUGUUGAGGUGUACAGAUCAGCAUGCAGUUAACUGAGCAGCAGGACUUGAUUGAUUAAGAGCGUAUGGAACAAAAACCAGCUUACAAAUUGUGCUCCUAAGUUCCAGGGAUGGGAAUGUGUCCGAUUUGGGGUUUUUUCCUUGCACUACAGCCCUCCUGCAGGACUCACCGCCCCUUCUUUUGCUGCUGUCAUCCUUUUGUUCUCUCUUUCAUCACAUGAUUUUGUACAUUACAAGUCUAUUUUUAUAUUUAAAAAAAGAAAUAAAAUAAAAUAAAGUGGUGCUUGCAGCUA